AACUAAUUAUCAUCGCCAUUUGAUGAAUUGAGUGUUAAACGUUACCUAAAAACAUAACAAAAACGUCAGUCUAAGUAAACCAAGCCACACUGAUCUAGUUUCUGCGUAACGGGUGAAUUAAAAUUGCAAAUUUUACGUGUCGUAAUUAAUACGCCUCUGCCAGCUUAUUGUAUAAACAGACGAUGCAUAGGUUAGGACGUGACGUUCAGGCACACCGCGAUCAAUAAUCUCCGGACUCGGCAGAUAAGGCAAUUCUUAGCGUAGAAUAAGACCGGCUGCAACAUGACUACACCAACUGAAAGCGGUGAAAACAUCUUUGUGUUCGUGCCCAACAUCAUAGGGUAUGCCAGAAUCAUUCUGGCAGUGAUUUCCUUCUAUUUUAUGCCAACAAAUCAUGUUAUUGCUAUAACAUGUUAUGUUACUUCUGCUUUAUUGGAUGCAUUCGAUGGACAUGCUGCAAGAUACUUCAACCAAAGUACCAAAUUUGGUGCAAUCUUGGACCAACUCACUGACCGAUGUGGCACAAUGUGUUUAUGUGCUGUUUUGGGAUAUUUCUAUCCUGAUUACAUGUUCUUCUUCUUGAUAAGCAUGUCUAUUGACAUUGCUUGUCAUUGGAUCUAUCUUCAUACGACACUGCUACAAGGAAAAACAAGUCAUAAAUUCAUUGAUAUGUCUGAGAACCCCAUUAUGCAUCUGUAUUAUACAAAUAGAACUGUUUUGUUCUGCAUGUGUGCUGGUAAUGAGUUGUUCUAUGCAGCUUUGUAUGUUCUGCACUUUACUCCUGGACCAUUAAUUGCUGGAUGUUCACUUUUCAAAGUGUUGGUUUACUUCAGUGCACCAGUUGCUAUUGUGAAGAGUGCCAUCUCAGUGCUUCAUUGCAUUGUGGCUUGCAAGAACCUUUCCAUAAUAGAUGUGAAUGAACGUAAAGCUAUCGCUGAGAAGGUGAAGUAAUUGCAUUACUAAUUUCCUAUAAAAAAGUCAAGAUAUUAUAGAAGCAGGGACAGAAAAGGGUAGUUAAUUGAGAGAUAAGGUGAAGUUAAUGAGGAAUUCAAUGGCAUUAUGAUUGUAUUUACCAAUAUUUCAUUGUUAUUUAUUAACAGCCUGGGUAUUAUGUGAAGAUAUGUUGAUGUUUGAUAGAAAAUUAGUCAGAAUGUUAGGUAUGUCUAAGAAAAACAUGUAAUGUGCGUGUUGCAUGUAUCCAAAUCUGUCAAUUCCAUGUUUUUAUGAAUUUAUGAUAGUUUGUGUGCUUUAAAUUUAGUUUCCUGGUUCCUCUGUGUUAUAUGAUGUUACAUAUUAUGUUUUAACAAAUUAAUGAUGAAAAAUGUACCUAAUCCAUAUGUACUGUGUAAAUAUGUGUCAAAAUAUAUAAAUAUUAUUGUAAAUUGAA